AUGGCGGCCUGGAGUCUUGCAGUGUUUUUGCUGGCCGUGUCCGGGAGUUUGGCACUUGCUGAACAUAAGGUGACAUUUCUGGAGAAUGUAAGAGGAGGAGAAAACACACGAAUUGUGUCAGGAUGGGAGGCAGAAGAAGGCCAAAUUCCUUACCAGAUCUCGCUGAGGAUGGUCAGUCAGGUCGGAGGCGUCAGCGCCUGUGGAGGCUCUAUCAUUCAUCACCAAUGGGCGUUGACUGCUGCUCACUGCACUGCUACACGUGUGUCGAUCAUGAUCCGAACCGGCACGGUGAACCUCACUAAACCAGAGAGCAUUUUCGAAACUACAUCGUACUUCAACCAUCCGUGGUACAUCGAGGCUCUGCAGUCGGUGGUUCAGCCCCAUGACAUCGGUCUUAUAUAUUUCAAUCGGUUCAUCGAAUACACUCCUCGAGCUCAGCCCGUCAGGCUGCAGUCAUCUGUCGACAUGGACAAGGACUAUGACGAUAUCAGGCUCCAGGCUAGCGGCUGGGGACGCACUUGGACUCAAGGCAUGUCACCCGAAAACUUGAACUGGGUGUAUCUUCGGGGCGUGCCAAACUGGUACUGCAGGAACGCAUUUGGUGGUAGCUCUAUCAUCGCUCCCUCCACUAUCUGUGCUGCUUCUUACAAUGUCUCCAGCCAAUCUACUUGUCAGGGUGACAGCGGUGGGCCUCUUGUCGUCGUAGACGAGGACGGUGUUUUCACUCAAGUGGGAGUUGCGUCUUUCGUCUCCGCUUCUGGUUGCCACACUAACUUCCCAGCUGGAUUUAUUCGUCCUGGUCACUACCAUGAUUGGUUUUACGAAGUGACCGGGAUCAAUUUUGACUGGGUGCCCGAGCCUCCGACCACUGCUGCUCCGACCGAAGAGCCCGAAACAGAGACAACAACCUCCAAGGAACCAGAAACCGAAGCGCCCGUCACGGAACCUGAGACAGAAGCAACCACGACUAAGGAACCUGGAACCGAAGCACCUACCACGGAGCCUGAGACAGAAGCAACCACGACUAAGGAACCUGAAACCGAAGCACCUGUCACGGAACCUGCGACAGAAGUAACCACGACUAAGGAACCUGAAACCGAAGCACCUGCCACAGAACCUGAGACAGAAGCAACCACGACUAAGAAACCUGAAACCGAAGCACCUGCCACCGAACCUGCGACAGAAGCAACCACGACUAAAGAAUCUGAAACGGAAGCACCUACAACCAAGGAACCUGAAGCCGAAGUAACUACAACCAAGGAACCCGAGAUCGAGACGACUACAACACAAAAACCUGAAACCGACGCACCUACAACUAAAGAAACAGAACCUGAACCCGAAGCAACUACAACCAAGGAACCUGAACCUGAAGUAACUACAACCAAGGAACCUGAAGCCGAAGUAACUACAACCAAGGAACCCGAGAUCGAGACUACCACAACACUAAAACCUGAAACUGACGCGCCUACAACAACAAAGGAAUCUGAGAUCGAAACGACUACAACGAAAAAACCGGAAUCUGAAGAAAGUUCCUCUUCAGAAGAAAGUUCUCCAGAAGAACAAUAA